AUGGCUACAUUCACCCGUAUGGUGAAGGGCCAAAUGCGCUGCUACUCGGCACCCGUGGACGCCGCUAUCCCAGCCAGCAAGCGCAAGUACAUUCCCACCUCGGGCACGUAUCCGAAGGGAUUCUUUGUCUCAGGGACUCACGUUGGCGUGAAAGCAUCCAACACCAAGUUCCCAGACCUUGCGCUCAUCACGUCUGAGACGCCCUGCUCCGCGGCCGCAGUGUUUACGACAAACAAGUUCCAGGCUGCACCGGUGCAAGUUAGCAAGAAGAUACUUAAUGCGACUCAAGGUCAAGGGAUCCGGUCUGUUAUUAUCAACUCGGGCUGCGCGAAUGCUGUUACCGGCAAGGGCGGUCUUGAAGAUGCGAUGAGCAUGGCUACAAAGGUGGAUGAGUAUACUGGUGUCGCCGAGAACGGGACGCUCGUUAUGAGUACAGGUGUUAUUGGGCAGCGUCUUCCUAUCUCUAAGAUCCUUUCCAAGAUUCCCGAAGCCACUUCAUCUCUUUCAUCAACCCACGAUGCCUGGCUUACCACUGCCCGUGCUAUCUGCACCACGGACACCUUUCCCAAGCUCCUCUCCCAAACAUUCACUCUUCCUUCCUCACCUGGUCGCACCUACAACAUUGCCGGCAUGACUAAAGGCGCGGGCAUGAUCCACCCGAACAUGGCAACACUUCUCGGCGUCAUCGCCACAGACGCACCAAUCGUCCCUUCAGCCCUACAAUCGCUGCUCAAGACCUCUGUCGCACGCUCUUUUAACGCCAUCUCCGUCGACGGCGAUACAAGCACCAACGACACGGUUGCGAUCCUGGCCAACGGAGCUGCAGGCGGCGCACCGAUCAAUAGCACACAGAAUGACGAUUACGUCGUCAUGCAGAAUAUUCUUACCUCGUUCCUUCAAUCGCUGUCGCAGCUCGUUGUGCGAGACGGCGAGGGCGCAACCAAGUUCGUUACCGUCCGGAUCCAAAACUCCCCUGACUACCCCUCUGCGCAGCUCAUUGCGUCGACUAUCGCAAGGUCUCCGCUUGUUAAGACGGCGCUGUACGGCCGUGAUGCGAACUGGGGGCGUAUUCUCUGUGCCAUCGGUUACACGCAGGGUGUUGCGCCGGGAACUGUUGUGCCUGAGCGGACGAGCGUUAGCUUCAAGCCUGCUGAUGGGAGCCCCGUGCUCAAACUCCUUGUGAACGGAGAGCCCGAGCAGGUCGAUGAGGAGCGUGCUAGUGCUAUUCUUCAAGACGAAGAUCUGGAGAUCAUCGUCGACCUUGGUGGUGGUGAGAAGGGUGAAUUAGGAGGUGAGGAAGGUAUAGAUUGGAGUUACAAAGCGACUGAUGCAAUGCAAAUAUGGCUCACAAAGACUCUCAGCGUUGAUAAUAAUACAAGCCAGAGGGGCUUUUGA